GGCCCCCAGAUACGUCAAAGAAGGACACUGCGACUUUCCAACCUCAACAUCACACUCACUCGAGCUUCAAAUAUUAGAUACCCUUCAAGAUGCGUUUGCGAGACCUCUCGCCGUCCGCGGCGAUCCUCGCGGCCUUCCUCACGAUUCCAGACGUAUCAACAGCGUUCUAUUUGCCAGGAGUUGCGCCGAAAUCAUACAAAGAAGGAGUCAAAGUCCCUCUGCACGUCAACCAUCUCACAGCAGUCGGCUCGCAAGAGGACGGGACUCUGCGCUCCGUCCUGGCAUUCGACUACUACCACCCAGCAUUCCAUUUCUGCCAUCCAGAACCCAAGGCCGAAUAUGUCUCGGAGAGUCUGGGCAGCAUCCUGUUUGGAGAUCGAAUAAUGACAUCCCCGUUCGAGCUCCUUAUGAUGAAGAACCAGACUUGCAAGGCAUUGUGCACAUCAAUAUACGAUGUCGCAUCUGCUAAGUGGGUGAACCAUAAGAUCGCAGCAGGGUAUGCGCUGAAUUGGCUGGUGGAUGGGCUACCAGCUGGACAAUUGAUUGAGGAGGAGGUCACGAAGACUCGGUUUUAUAGCCAAGGAUUUGCCUUGGGAAGUAGUGAUGCGACCAGCGUGCAUCUAAACAACCACUACGAUAUUCUGAUUGACUACCAUACAGUUAGCCCGGGUGAAUUCCGAGUCGUAGGGGUUAUUGUGCAACCGAGUUCGAGAUCGAGCGCUUUGAGUGGAAAUGGCGAAGGUGCGGAGGCUAAUCACUGUGGUCAAGGAGGGCGGCCAGUGACUUUAGACGAGAAGGGACAAACUGAGGUUGCCUUCACCUACAAUGUUCUGUGGUACGAGUCCACCACAGCUUGGGCUACCAGAUGGGACAAAUACUUGCAUGUCUUCGACCCCAAGAUCCACUGGUUCUCUCUCAUCAAUUCCGCUAUUAUUGUUGUCUUUUUGGUAUUCACGGUCGUCUCGAUCCUUCUGAGAGCCCUGAGGAAGGAUAUUGCAAGGUACAACCGUCUCGACAACAUCAAUCUCGAUGAUCUGUCUGGAACAUCUGCCGUUGAUGAUGGAAUUCAGGAAGACUCGGGAUGGAAGCUUGUACACGGAGAUGUUUUCCGUACUCCAGGUUCCCCGCUCAUCUUGAGUGUGUUCCUUGGAAACGGAGCUCAGCUUUUUGUCAUGACCGGCUUUACGAUUGCAUUUGCCCUCCUUGGAUUCCUCUCGCCGUCAAAUCGCGGAUCUCUUGGAACUAUAAUGGUGUUAUUGUACACGGUCCUUGGGUUCAUCGGUGGAUACGUCUCGGCCCGAGUCUAUAAAUCCUUCGGAGGCGAACGCUGGAAGCUCAACAUUGGACUCACGCCUCUCCUCGUCCCAGGAAUUGUAUUUGGCACCUUCUUCCUUCUUAAUCUGUUCCUCUGGGCCAAGGAGUCAUCUGGCGCCGUUCCUUUCACUACAAUGAUUGUCAUCAUUGGAAUCUGGUUCCUGAUCUCAGUGCCCCUAUCCUUCGCUGGCAGCUGGGUCGGAUUCCGCCAACCAGCUUUCCAGGCUCCGGUCCGAACCAAUCAAAUCCCCCGCCAAAUCCCACCAAGCACAACCUACAUGCGGCCCAUCCCUUCCAUGCUACUUGUCGGUAUCCUUCCCUUCGGAGCAAUCUUUGUCGAGCUAUACUUCAUCAUGUCCUCCAUCUGGUUCAGCAAAGUCUACUACAUGUUCGGCUUCCUCUUCCUCUGCUACGGCCUCAUGAUUAUUACCUGCGCGGCAGUAACUGUACUCAUGGUUUACUUCCUACUCUGCAGUGAGAACUACCACUGGCAUUGGAGAGCGUUCAUGACGGCUGGUGCUUCGGCGUUCUACGUGUUCUUGAACGCCCUCAUUUAUUUGGUCACGAAGUUGCAGUUGGGUGGUCUGGCAGGAACGGUGCUGUACAUUGGAUACAGCGGGUUGAUUUCAUUCUUGUUCUUUAUUCUGACUGGUACCAUCGGCUUCUUCGCCAGCUGGGCAUUCGUGUACAAGAUCUACGGAUCUAUCAAGAUCGAUUAAAGGAUUCAUGAAAACCGAACGAGAAACGAGGAUACGGAACAGGAAACAGAAAUGGAUUCGAGGACUCGAUAGAAAGCGAGAGCGAUAUGAUGAAAUCAGAGUGUACAAUAGGUGCGAACAAGCUGCAAGCAAAACCGUUUUGCAUUUCUGUGCGCGUGAGCGUCCGUGACAUCCGCGACCUGGAGGUUGAAUUUGAUUUGGUUCGGUACUUGUGUUUUGUAUGGUAGAAAAAAUAUGGAUUUUUA